GAAAGUUAAAAUUAGGGUUUCGUCAUCUGAGGCCAGUAUGUAAGUCCUUGGUAAAAUCUAGAAACAUCGACUUAUCAUAUUGAGAAUUACAAUAUUAUCAACCACAACGAUUAGAAAAUCAGUGAACAAACAUUUUUAGUAUUUUCUAGUAUGUAAUGAACUUACCAACACAGAGGAAUGAUAUAGGACGCCUAAACUAGCUGUAAACAAAUAAAGGAUACAACGCACAUUUUAUUGCCAGAAAAAUCCAAGCAGUUUGCAGGGAAAGUUAAAUUUUUGCAGUGCAUUACAAAAUAAGUACAAACAGAUUUUUAAAACGCAUCCUAUUAUGAACAUGCUCAAAGUUGGUGUACUUGCGUUCCAAGGGGCUUUCAGUGAACAUGAACAAGCAUUAGAGAAAGCAUUUCAGACAAUGAAUAAUACUGAGACGGAUUCUGAGCUAAGUCUCCAAAUAACUGAAGUACGUGUUCCGUCUCAUUUGGACGGUUUGGACGGCCUUAUCAUUCCCGGGGGUGAAAGCACUACCAUGUCGAUAUUCCUAAACAAAAACAACUUUAAGCAGAAAUUGAGAUCGAUGAUUGAAGGUGUUAAUGGAAGAAGGACGAUUGUCUGGGGAACUUGCGCUGGGCAGAUACUUUUAUCAAACACAGUUCUUUGUCAAAAAACGGGAAGCCAGCAAAUGAUAGGUGGCGUUGAUAUUACUACAUCAAGGAAUACUUACGGCAGACAAUGUGAGAGUUUUGAGUCAGAGAUCUCAACACAUCACGAAGAUCUUCAACAAGAUGGCGUCUCGGUGUGCAGAGGAAUUUUUAUAAGAGCACCUGGUGUGGUUUCCAUUGACGACUCAUCUGUAAUUACCUUAGCAACCAUUGGAGAUGAAAACACGGGAAACAAAAGAAUCGUUGCAGUUCAACAAGGGAACAUCAUGACCACAUCAUUUCACCCAGAACUCACAGAGGACACCCGUUGGCACACUUUCUUUCUAGAUCAAAUUUUAAAACUUAGAACAACGUCUCAGUCUUGCGCACGAUCCAAUGAAAACAUCAUUUAAAUUGACCCGGUUGUUUAGUCAGACCAUGCGUUAGAGUUAUAGCAUUUCGUGUGGUUUGGACAAUGGAUUGUCUAACUAUAAAGGAUAGGUUACACUUAAGUGUUCUGCGUUGGUGUGGGAUAAUUCCACGGAGAAAUAGACCAAUAGAUAAAAUAGCCAAAUAAAUGGCGUACAGUGUAUAUACUCCUUCGAGACAGAUUAAACAUUAUCGGAAUAUGUAUUGGAAUAUCCUGUGUGCAUGCGCGAAAUAAAAGUAAA